GCUCUGCUCGAAGCGCGAAACAUGGCGGGGCAGGACGCUGGUGUUGGUGGCGGCUCUGGGGACGAAUACUACGAAGACAAAGGCGAAGACAGCGUGUCCAAGGAAACCAUGGAGGUGUUCAGGAAGUUGAAGGACCUAAACUGCCCCUUCCUUGAGGGUCUUUAUAUCACAGAACCAAAGACGAUUCAGGAACUGCUGUGUAGGCCCUCGAAGUACCGCUUGGAGAUACUGGAGUGGUUGUGUAUACGGAUCUGUCCCUCCUUGCAGGACAAGUUCAGCUCAUUGAAGGGGGCCCCAGUGGAGGUGAAGAUUCGAGAAAUGGUGAAACUAGCCCAUGAGCUGAUGCUGUGUGCGCCGGAUGACCAGGAGCUUGUAAAGGGCUGUGCCUGUGCCCAGAAGCAGCUGCACUUCAUGGACCAAUUGCUGAAUACAGUUCAGAGCUUGAACAUUAGAUGCUUCACUUGCUCCAGCCUGAAGGAGCAUUUGGAAGACACCACAGACAAGAACGAAGCAUUGCUGGGAGAGCUCUUCACCAGCUCCCACCUGCGGGUGCUCCUGAACCCCAGGUGUGACCCAUGGCCCCUGGAUGUACAACCCCUUCUUGAUAGACAAAGUGACAACUGGCCAAGGGCCAGCCCCUCUGCUCACUCAGAGGAGGAGAAGGUGGUACAACUGGCCAGGCAGCUGCAGGAGAGUGCCGCCAAGCUGCAGACACUCAGGGUAGAGUGCUUUGCGCAGCAUAAGCCAGGAGCUGCUGCAGGUGGGACUGAUGCUAGUACCCUAGACCAGAAGCUGCGCCUGGUUGUCUCCGACUUCCACCAGCUCAUCUUGGCCUUCCUCCAAGUCUACGACGAUGAGCUGGGAGAGUGCUGCCAGCGCCCUCGCCCUCACCUCCACCCAAGUGGCCCCAUCGUCCAAGCCGUGUACCAGACUCUGACUUCCUGCAGCCAACUGUUGAAAGCAGUUGUGGAGGUGACUAAUACCUCUGCAAAACCUGUGGAGAUGGUGAAGAAGCAGCAGGACAAGCAGAUUUCUUGGGGAAGCAGCAGCUCCGUGAUGAGUCUAGCCACCAAAUGGAUGAACUAACCCAGAAGUAUAAGGUCUUCAACGACAGUCUGCAAAAAGGCACAGGAUAAUGCAGGAGCAGGAGGCCCUCCCAGCACGCUUGCUGGAGAAGUGGUUCCAGUACCCAUUGUGCCUCCAUUUGCUGGGUGCCUUC